UGUACUGCAGGUAACCUGGACGUAUUUGUCAACAAGAUUUUAUGCGCUCUGUAAUAUGCGAAGGGAAGGAAACCGAUUCGUUAAGAAAUUAUAGCGCACUUCGGUGUGUCCUACAAAGAGAGGUGUCGAAGAAAGGUUUUGAGUAAAACGAACGUUUGCAAUAACACCUUGUCUUGGACGAAAAAGAGCCCCUUGUCACCGUUUCGUCGGAAGCACGCAUUUCUUCGCCAAGGAACUUCGAAAGCUGCGGAUUUUUUGAACCAUCCAACAAAGGAUGAAAUCUGCCAAAAGAGCCUUUGAAGAGGAGCACGGCGGUGAGCCAGAGCUAUCCGCCAUGUCGGACAGUGACCCGUGCGAGGACGACGGUUACCCGCUCAGCUUUUCCAACAGUGCAGCAGGAGCAUGUGGCUCCGCAAAACGUCGUCGCCGCGGAAACCUGCCCAAGGAAUCCGUUCAAAUUCUGAGGAGUUGGCUAUACGAACAUCGCCUCAACGCCUACCCCUCUGAGCAGGAGAAGCUCAGCCUGUCGGGGCAGACCAACCUCUCCAUUUCACAGAUCUGUAACUGGUUCAUCAAUGCUCGGAGACGACUGCUUCCCGACCUCCUCAGGAAGGACGGCAGAGACCCCACUCAGUUCACCAUCUCCCGCCGCGCCGCCAAGUCAGACAGCCGCUCGGUUGGGUCUGCCUCCCCGGACCACACCUCCCCUCCCUCUGUCUCUACAUCCCGGCCUGCCGUUAUCCUGCCUGCCCCUGCUCUGGACCUAAGCCUGUUGGGAAACACGGCAACUGCCAUCUUGGCCGGAGCCGGCUGUCUGAUGGGACCCAGCGUGCAGGGCCAUGACGGGGGCGUCCAGGCCCUCAUGCAAAUGGACACCCAGUGCUUCCUUAAAAGGGGAGGCCUGGCUGGCUCCCCUGACCCCAGCCUAACCGCCAUCGUCGCCCCUUCCUCCGGCAGCCCGAGCCUGGGAGGGGUGAGCCCUACCGGGGUGCUGUUCAACACACCGCCGCCUACCCCCCCAGAGCUCUGCCCCCACGAUUUCAGCGACCUGAAGCUACUGGUGGAGGCAGCUCUGCAGAGGGCUGCCGAGCAGGAGAGCCAGAGGCAGAAGGAGCAGGCGUCCCCAGCCACGGCACCUUCUGCUAGCUCAGGGCAGGAAGCACAGCAGGAUCACCUGCAGGCGGAUGGCAGAAGCACCAGCCCCGGGGUGGCUUCCCAAAGCCCAGCCUCUGGCCCGAACCUGGAGGGGAAGGCUGUUCUCCCUGUGUCCGUGCCGGUGCUGAGCACCCCGGCUCCAGUUGGAGAACCCAGCGUGAACCUGCCCGUGGUGCCGCAGAGGCUCGCGGGAGCUGUGACCUUCCAGCCCAGCGGCGUGUGGAGCGUGGUCAGAGCAGCCAGCCCGUCUCCGAGCAGUGUCUCGCACUCCUGGAGCUCACAGCAUGUGCUUCAUACAGUCAGGGAAACGGUGAACUGAAAGGAGACCCACUACAGGAUGUGUGCGUGUGUUCAUGUGUCCAUUCGCAAACGUUUGCAAGAGACAAAAAGCAGCAGCUAAAAAAACGGCUUUCCCUUUUAACCAUGUAAUGAAUGCAGCUGCUCUGCUGUGGACUGUUUAAGGUUGUCCAGAUAAUUUUAGAUGAGGACCAUCUGUUCUUUUGACAGUGAUGUUGCGGUUGACUUCUUUUGCUACAGUCUAUGCGCUCUACAGGUUGUUGAGCGCUCGCGGUUUCCCAGUUGGCAACUAAACUUUCUUCCCAUUGUUGAUGGGACACAAACACCAUAUAGAGCAAAGGAUUAGGGUUUGUUUUGUGACCUUUUUAAAAAAAAAAUAAUUUUAUAAUUUCACUACAUUAAAUGUGUUUGGGGUCCUUUUAUAUCAGUAUAACAUUUGGGUCUGAAAGGGGAAGGAACCGUUGAAGACCUCGUACCAAGGCAACUUUCUCCUUGAAGGAAAACACUAGAUGGGCAUUUUUAGGUGGGGGAGGGUGUAUGGUUGUGGGGUUUGGGUUUUUUUUGGUUUUGUUUUUUUCUUGUUCGUUUUAACCACCAGCGGUUUAUCACCAAUGUCCACAGAUACCAGCAGAGCUAAUGUAGUUUAAAACUGUGGAUGCACACCUCCAGUGUUACGUAGAACUCUGUGCUCUUUGACUGGUCGGCACGAUGCUUCGAUCAGUAUGGUUCAUGUUUUGCUUUCAGGACUUGCAUUGGGAGUUUAUGCCAGUGGCCUUGCUCAGUAUUUGCCUUAGAAAUUGCUCAAAGUUCUUCUUGUACUCAAGAACCGUGCUUAGCCUGCCUUUGCCUGUCCACACCACUGUUCUGUCUUAGGUAAUUAGACUAUUAUGUAGCAUGGCUAACUAAUUUUGUGAGAUUCUUGAAUGCUCAUCAAGGACCAGCAUGCUUAGUGUUGGGUCACCGGUGCAUUUGUACGUCUGUGCCGAAUAGAAACUCCAGGCUGGUCUCGGAUUUGAAUCUGCUCAGCCUAAGGCUAGGCUUAGCCUGGCUCCUGAAACCCCUCACACGGUGUAGCCUCGUACAUUUAAUUUUAAUACCUCAUUCCAGUUGCCUGAAUGCACUGCAGAUGAGAUCACCGCUUCCAAACAUUAGUUUUAAUAAAACGGCAUCUUCUCUUGUGUUUUGCGGAUCACGUUGGACAUUCUGCACUUUAUUUCUUUUGUAGGUCUCAUGUUGGCAGUGCUUCAAAACCUAAACACCAGCCCGCUGACCCUGCUCACUCAGCACACAGUCCUAGAGAGUUCCUUCUUCUAAAUCCCUGUUGUUAAUGUGUGUGUGAUGCCCAUAUGCUGUGUGUUUGGAUGCAAAAGCUGGGUGAGGGGCUACAGAUAGGCCCACAGCACACGCCGCUCCUCCAGCUGCAGGCGGGGCUGCACUGGCCCCACUACCACGGAGCAGGGCGCUUGAGGGAGCGCCAGGGUUCCCUUCCCGUUGCCGCCAUGCUUUUCCGGUUCAUGGUUUUCCAGGGCACCAGAGUGGUAGUUUUCAUGCAGGCUCCCGUGAAGUGUGCACGUGUGUGAGUGACAGAGGGAGAGGGAUGGCAUAAGGGAGAAGAGUGAGGUGUUUGUUACAGUGAUCAAUAUGUGGACGGCUGAAGACGCGCCCUCAUGGGUUGCUGUGAACAGGUUUUGUGUUUCAGCAGUAAUCGGCUUGUACGUCCAUUUAGACUCUGCUGUUGUCCUAGAGCUUGCCUUUUAAACCUGUAGUCAUAGGGUGGGGGAAUGCAUCUGUUUUGCAAAGCACCCUUGAAUGGUGCUCAUUGUUUAAAAGGGGUGUUCUGCGCAAAGCCGCAAUAUGGCCGCUAAAGUGGACGUGAUGCCGUAGCCUGCAGUCCUGAAGGACUGGGUGGAGGUGGUACUUUCAGGGCACGCCUGCACGCACGCGCAAAUGUGAAAGGCUGAACUUGACAGAUGAACUGCAGUCUGUGCUAGUUGGCAUAUUCUUGAAGUAUUCCUCUGGGGAUGGAUGGAUGGAUUGAUGGAUGGUUGGAUCGGAGUAAGGGACAUGAGCACAGUUGCAGCAGUGUUUCUCCUUACAGUCCUGCUUCACAGCCUUGCUGGGUGGUGGUGGUUCUCUUCACCCCAGCUUUUUGCUGGUGCCAUUUCUUUCUUUGGUCAUAGUUUCCAUGAAACUGUUAUGUAUUGUUGCAGAUGUCACAUUUUGGCCCUGACUUUUAAAAAAAAUAAAAAUAAAUUUGCGUGUGGCUUUUUUUUUUUUUUUUUUUUUUUUUAAAUCUUUAUCAUGUGCGAUUGCACCAGUGCAGGCAUUAGGCAUAUGUGUUCAAUACAUAUUACCUAUUGUGGUGCCCUUUUCUUGUAACUUUUUUUUUAUGGUUUUCCAAUCUAAGCUAACUUAGUGCUGAAGUCAUGUAAUGCUUACCUGUAAUGAACUACUACUAGUUUUUUUGUUAGUUUGCUUGUUUUUUUGGGGGGUGGGGGGGUUUCCACCUCUGGCUGUCUGAUUUAUGGUAUUGUUUCAGGAAGCAGGUCUUUUAAAUCAGUACUGUUUUUUGAUGUCUGUUCAUAUUCUGCAGUACUGAACCAUUUCAGUCUGUCAUCAUGUUCUUGUUUGUCUCUCAGGUUGGGGUGGCGUUUUUGUUUUUGUUUUUGUUUUCCUGUCGUCUGGUGGUCCGGUUCUGAGCCGGUGGGCUGGAUACUGAGAGGAGUAGGGUUGAGCUCAGUAAUGUGCUAGGACGCAGCUUCCGGCCCAGUAUCCCACAUAAAACGGCUUUGAUCUCCAUUUAACUAAACGAUAAAACCGGUAUUUAAAACCACUACUUCUAAAAACCACUGUGAGCAUUCCGUCAUUUUCUGCAUUACUGGAACAGUGAUGAGGCUGGAUGUGUAUGUAUAUUUUUUAAAGAUGCUAUAUUUUUCCACUUCUGUAGAACGACUGAUGUUAAUAUUCUAGACACUGUGUCUAUUUAGUUGAGAAUGGAUCUUGUAGAUGCCGAUGUAAAAUGCAUGUAAAUAUCUACUGGGUCAGGUUUGUCUUUACUUCUAGUUUUUACUAAAUAUAUCAAAUGUGUAGCGCGCUCUCUCUAUAUGACCAAAUGCAUUAAGAUGGAUGUAAAUAUCUUUUUGUUUCCUACAUUUCAUGUAUGAGUAUCAAGUAAAUGAGUAUGGACAAUGAGCUUGGCCUUUGUGCCUUACCUGAGAACAAGGGACUCUUCCCAGCAUUUUCUAGAAGACUUUGGACUAGUCUGUGCAAUAUCUGCCUUAUGAUGUGUGGUUGCCUGCACCCCACCCCCCCCCCCUUUU